ACUAGCGACAUGAUACAUAUACGUAUACUUAGCCCAUUCAAUGAAGUAUAUAUGCAUUUUGUGAAAGUUACGCAUUGUAUUUUUCAACUAGUCAACAGCAGCAAGCCAUGAUGGCGACAAGUUUUGAUUGCAGUUUCGAUUUACGUUUGAGAAAUUUAUCGUGAUGAUCUUAAUUAUACUUUUCUUCUAGUUGUUUCUAAUAUCCGCGGGAUUUCUUGUUAUUUUAUUUCAAUUAAUUUUACAAAUCGUAAAUUUCAUUAUGGUAAAAUUAACGGAAGAAAUGGUCGUGGCUCGAACACGAAUGUCUGACUUCUCUGCUGUGAAGAAACUUAAUUGUUGGGGUACAGAAUUGACUGAUGUAAGCAUUUUAAGGAAAAUGAAAAAUGUGGAGGUAUUGUCAUUAAGUGUAAAUAAUAUCAAUACUCUUGCUGAUUUUCAAUACUGUUUAAGUCUUCAAGAUUUGUUUGUAAGAAAGAAUAAUAUUAAAGAUUUGAACGAAGUUUGUUACCUUCAAGGAUUACCUAAUUUACGAAAUCUAUGGCUUGGUGAAAAUCCUUGCGCCGAAAAAGAAGGGUAUCGAAUGGCUGUUUUGAGAGCUUUACCAAACUUGCAGAAACUCGAUGACAAAGUCGUGUCACCCGAAGAAGUGCAAACUGCAUUAGCAAGAGGGCGAAUUUUAGUUCAUCCUCUUGAUAUGGAUGCAUCCCCUCCUCAGUCGGAUACAGUUAGUCCAGAAGAUAUUGCUACUGAAUAUAUAGAAGAAACUGAAGUGAUAAGACAUCGAAGAUACAGUUCCUCGAGUGAUCAGAGAAGUUUCGAAGAAACGCAGCAUGCUCAAGAAGAAUAUCAUGAUCCGGAUCACAGAAAUGCAAAUUAUAAUACUUCGCCGUCCCAUCAUUAUUCACAAAAUAAUCAGUAUACGUAUGAACUACAGAAUGGACAGUCAAAGAAUGAAAGCAAAGACGAUACUGCACGUACAGAGACACGCAGCGUCAAUGAAAGUGUGGCCACUAACACUAUUGAAAUAAUCAAGGAAUACGAUGACCGACCAGCAGUUUCUAGGCACAAUGGGGAUUACGAUGAAAGACGAAAUUACGUGGAAUAUGGUAAUAACGAUACACCUCAACGUUCUUAUCCACCAACAUCUCCUCGAAUGCAGUACUCGGUUAAUGAAUCCGUGGACGACAGACGCGCAGAAAGGAACCAUUAUGAUUAUGAUAACAGAUUGAAACCAGAAUACGAGGAACAUCAUGAUCAAAGAAUAAAAUCGGACUAUGAGGAACAUCAACUACCAUCUCAACCUAGACGAAUGACUGUUCAUCAUAAUGUUGAACGGCAGGAAGAUUCGACUCAAGUGCCUGGUUGGGUAAGACAUUCUGACAAGGACAAAUGUAGAUCUCAGUUUCAUUAUCAUAGAAGACCUGUUACGAGAAACUCAAACAUAUUAUCAGCUGUAUUAUGCUUGGUUAAAGAACUUGACUAUCCAAGUUUAGAAGUGGUAGAAAUGGCUGUUAGGAAUCGAAUGGACGAAUUAGAGGAAUGAUGUUUCU